UGUUAUGGUUGGGAACGAGACGAGCAGGGUUAGAAACACAGUGACCUGGCUGAAUAUGAAAUAAAAGCUGAGCAACCAAUCAUAAUACUGAUGUUAAAGGCCCAUAUUGGCACUGACAUGUGGGUGCAUUCAAAAGGGGUAGUCAACCGAAAGGACAUGUUGCAACAGAUGUGAUGUUCCUCCCCAUUGAGUAUUUAUUUUCCUUAGGCCUAGUUCUUAAUCUGCCUAAGGAACUGUUACUUUACUUGAAAUGCCUUCAGACUAGACUGUAUCCAUAUGUAAAGACAAGCUGGUGCAAUGGCUCUUCAAAUGGAAAAAUGCCUGAACAGGUUGGCUCUCUGAAUGGACACAUCCCCAGAGCAGGGAAACAGAGCACUCCUAACCGGCUAGUUCUGAGGGAUGUCUGUGGAGCGCGUCUUGGACCUGGACAAUCAGACAAAUGGACCUCCAGCCAGUCAACAGGCUUCCAGAGACCAGCUCAGACCCCAAAACACCAUCCAGUUGCCAGCCAGAGAGGGAAUUCCCCAGAGCACAGCAAAUGGAGAGAGACUCACAUGCCCAGCACACUGCGGAGAUCACCCGCUCGCUGUCAGCUCGCAGUCAACGGAACACCUAGGAAGCAGACGGAGUCUCUGACUCAUAAGAAGCCACCUCACAUCCAAUCAAGCCCUGUGACAUCAUCAACACACAAAGCUGAACAAAGACUCCCAGCAGCCUCUCCUCCCUGCUUCAAAAAUGGAUGGCGCCCUAAGAGGGCAUCAGACACACUGUGUCGGGACAAGAAUCAAGAGACGGGGUGUGUGUCGCCACUGCUCAAGACACGCCGUGCAGAGUUCAGUGGAGAUUCCCAAAUGUCUGUGAGAUGCAGCCCAGUGGAGUCGGAGCAGGAUUCUGCAUCAGAACCAUCUCCAGAAAGAGAGGUGGACAGUUCCUCAAAGACGGACGACAGGCUCUCUGUCUCCCCGGGAGACUCAACAUGGAGGAGACAUGACUCUGGGAUGAAUGGAUCUCCUCCACAAAACACAGAGAAGGAGGGGAAGGGAAGCUCAGGAUCACUGCAGAACCUCAUCAAGAGGACUAGUGGUUCACCAGGGACGGGCCCCAGGGGAAGUGUCCCUGUCCCUGCAGGCCACCGGCAAGCCAGAGCCCAGAUAGUGACGACCCUCCCGACCGCCCCCUUGAUGUCAUGGGCCAGAGGUGCAUCCACAGGGUCCCGAGACACCCACUCUCCGCUGUGGCUUCAGUGA